CGCCGCUCGCCCGCCCGCCUGCUCGCACUCGGUCGCGCCGCGGGGCAGGCAUGGGAGCCGCACGCGGCCUCCCGGCGCCCACACCUGUUUGAACGGCGCGGCGAGCCGCGGCCCCGGCGGGCUGCUCGGCGCGGAGUGGUGCUCAGCAUGGCGGGGAUUCCAGGGCUCCUCCUCCUCCUCCUCCUCCUCCUCCUCCUCUGUGCUGUGGGGCAGGUGAGCCCCUAUGGUGCCCACUGGAAACCCACUUGGCCUGCUUACCGCCUCCCUGUGGUCUUGCCCCAGUCCACCCUCAACUUAGGCAAGCCAGACUUCGGGGCUGAAGCCAAAUUGGAGGUGUCCUCCUCGUGUGGACCCCAGUGUCACAAGGGGACUCCACUGCCCACUUAUGAAGAGGCCAAACGGUACCUGUCUUAUGAAACGCUCUAUGCCAAUGGCAGCCGCACCGAGACCCAGGUGGGCAUUUAUGUCCUCAGCAGUGGUGGGGGACAAGAGUCUUCAGGAAAGUCUCGGAGGAAGCGGCAGAUUUAUGGCUAUGACAGCAGAUUCAGCAUUUUUGGGAAGGACUUCUUGCUCAACUAUCCCUUCUCAACAUCAGUGAAGUUAUCUACAGGCUGUACGGGCACCCUGGUGGCAGAGAAGCAUGUGCUCACAGCUGCCCAUUGCAUACACGAUGGGAAAACUUACGUGAAGGGAACCCAGAAACUUCGAGUGGGCUUCCUGAAGCCCAAGUUUAAAGAUGGUGGCCGAGGAGCCAACGACUCGAGCUCAGCCAUGCCGGAGAAGAUGAAGUUUCAGUGGAUCCGGGUGAAACGCACCCACGUGCCCAAGGGCUGGAUCAAAGGCAAUGCCAACGACAUCGGUAUGGAUUAUGACUAUGCCCUCCUGGAACUGAAAAAACCCCACAAGAGAAAGUUCAUGAAGAUUGGGGUAAGCCCUCCUGCCAAGCAGCUGCCGGGGGGCAGAAUCCACUUCUCUGGUUAUGACAAUGAUCGACCAGGCAAUUUGGUGUACCGCUUCUGUGACGUUAAAGAUGAGACUUAUGACCUCCUCUACCAGCAGUGUGAUGCCCAGCCCGGGGCCAGCGGGUCCGGAGUCUAUGUGAGGAUGUGGAAGCGACAGCAGCAGAAGUGGGAGAGAAAAAUUAUUGGCAUUUUUUCAGGGCACCAGUGGGUAGACAUGAAUGGUUCUCCACAGGAUUUCAACGUGGCUGUUCGAAUCACCCCUCUCAAAUAUGCCCAGAUUUGCUAUUGGAUUAAAGGAAACUACCUGGAUUGUAGGGAGGGGUGACCCCGGGUUCCUUCCUGGCGGCACUUAGUGGUCUCCAUGUACUUAUUUUAGGACAGGCCAAAUUUUGUCAUUGGUGUGUGUGUGAGAGUGUGUGUGUGUGUGUGUGUGUGUGUGUGUGUGUGUAAUGUGUCAUAAUUAUCUUUUACCUAAUUUUUAAAAAUUGCAAGAUGACUGGCUUUAUUUGAAAACCGGUUUGUGUAUCAUAUAGCAUUUAAACAGGUUAAAGGCAUUCUUUUGCAUAGAAGUGAAAAAAAAAACAUGCUGAUGUUUGGGAUGAUAGGGAAUAUUUAGCAAUUAAGUUAAUCUUUUACUUUCUGAGAACUUUGAUUUUUAUUUCAUAUGAACUUGUUUCAAAGGUUUAUAUUAAAUAUGUGGCAUAUGGGAGAUAUAAAUUCUUAAAUUCUUA